UUAGCAUCGAAGGCAUCAAAUGUCACAGCUUCGAAACGUCCGAAUUUCUGAAUAAACGAACGAAUCGAACAACAGACAUGUCCGACAGUUGGGUUUGCACUCUUGCUUACGAUGGGAAAUUCGAAGCUCUGAAGCAGCAAUUCUGCUCGGACAAGACGAUAAUCUCCAAGAAGGACCUCGCGGGACGCAUUCCAUUACACUGGGCCGUGUCAGGCAAGCGAAAGGACAUUGUCAAUUUUCUGCUGCAGCAGGGUUCUCCCGUGGACUGCGCUGAUGAGGCCCAGUGGACAGCCCUGAUGAUUGCGUCUUCUGUGGGGCAUGCGGACAUUGUGUCCUCACUGCUCGAGAGGGGAGCGCAAGUCAAUGCGGUCAACCAGACGGGCCACACGUCGCUGCACUAUGCUGCCUCCAAGGGGCACCUCGAGGUUGCGAGGCUGCUGUUGGAGCAGCAUGCGGACGUGAAUGCUCGGGACCACAUGGGCAGCACGCCACUGCACCGGGCGGCUUCCCUGGGCCACGACCAUGUGGUGCGCCUCUUCCUCGAGGGCUACCGCAACAAGCUGGACCUGGACGCCAGAGACGCCGUCGGCAACACCCCGCUGCACCUGGCAUGCGAGGAGGAGCGCAGCCAGACGGCCAGGCUGCUCGUCCAGGCGGGCUGCAGGACGGACAUUCCGAACAAGGAAGAGAAGACGGCUCUACAAGUGGCUGCCCCUCCCCUCCGAAGAAUGAUCGAGGUCUUGGUAGCCGAACGAGAGAGUCGACGACUGAGUUGAGUCGACCUAAUAAAGUACAGCAGCGAGCCGUCACUUGGAAAGGUUCAGCCAGUCCUUGUCGAUGAUGCGGUGCAACUCGGUAAAAUUCCCGC